CCUUCAGAGCGACGGAGAGGAAGCAGACAGCUCGUGAAGAAGUGAGAAUUUAAGAGCAAGAGAUUUCACAGAAUAAGGAACAAAAAAACACAAUCGGCAUCACGGAGGAUUAUCUAACAUCUUUAACAACAUUUCUUUGUGUGUGUGAAAAAGUGAAAUCGUCGCGAUGAGGAAAUUGUGGAGAUGCCUUUGCUUCCUCGUUGUAGCCUUUUCUUCAGCUUCCAGAGGAGCGAAUGAAACGGCUGUUACACCAGAGCUCCCCCCCCCCACUCCUCCUCCAAUGGGAUCUGAUGAAACUCAAAAUGAAUCCAGCUCCACCCUAGAGACCCCCGUGUUUAACAACACAUCAGCGAACACACCAGAUCUGCCUUCAACAAACCUUACGACCAAAGAAGACCUUGGAUCGGAGGACUCGUUUAAUGGCACCACAGAAGAAGACAGCGUCAGCACGACAUUUAUUGGGAUAGGCGGGGCUAACGAAGUCACGACGACCGUUUCCAUAGAGACGGACAUUUCCUCGUCAACACCAGUAACAAGUGGAGGCACAGGUCAUUCCUCCUGGGGCUAUGUGCUCCUGGUGUUAAUCAUCGUGGUGAUUAUUAUUCUGUGCGUCAUGCUCUACUUCCUCAGGAGAGUCUCCAGGACGUACUCUUUCGACCUCCAUCGUCCGAUUCCCUCAAACCAUCGCAACGACCCCGUCGGCACCUUUGAGCCCGUCUACCUGGACGACCUGGCCCCUAAAGACCAAGGAAACACUGAAGACGUUCCACCUCCUCCUCCGGUAUCCAACGGCACAACAAUUCAGACGGAGGAACGGGAAUCCAAUGGAGAGAGCGCUCCUCAGGAACCGUCAGCAGCAAACGGUUCGGAGGCUUCGCCCGGACACACCGACCUGUCGCUGAUCGGAGACGCAGAGGAAAAGACCUCCAGUCCAUCGGGAAGCACCAGCAUCUUCUUCGACACUAUAGGGGAGGAACAGCAGAACGAAAACAACAACAACCCAUCGGUUUGCUCCAGUGACCCGUUUGUUGAAAUACACCUGGAAGAUAAUCUCCUCACCUCCUUUGAAGCUCCUUCCUCCGUCCUGCCCUUCUCUCCUUUCUCCUUCUCCUCUUAUUCCUCUUCCUCUUAGCGCCUCCAAUGAUCAGAAUCAGAAUCAUUGUAUUACCAAGUAGGUUAAGAGAUAUUAGGAAGUCAUCUUGGUGUAUUUGGUGCAUACAUAAACACAGUCAAAGAAGAUAGAAUUGUAAGAAAAGGACCAUUAAAUAAAACAAGGUUAAAAAAACGAUUUAACGAAAAAUAUUAUAACAUUAAAAUACAGCAAUAUGUAUAUGAAAUAUAGAAGAAAUAUAGAUGUAUAUACCCGUAACAAAUAAAAUAUAAUAAAAUAAAGUGUGCGCAGUAUUCGUAUGAUGAAGCGUACUUGAAACACACACACACACAUUCCAUGUAUACAUCACUUCAGGGGACAUUACAUUGACUUACAUGCAUUUCCUGGAGACUUGAGAUCCUAACCUUAACCAUAACCAACACAUGCCUAACCCUAACCCUUAACCUUACCCUAAUCCUAACCCUAACCAAGUCUUCACCCUAAAAUGAAUGAUCCCCCUCAUGGGGACCUCCAUGCUGUCCCCAUAAGGGAGGCGAGUCCCCACACGUGACUGUGUAAACAGAUUUAGGUCCCCACAAGUAUAGUAAUGCUAGGCCGGAAGUUAUUUAAGACUUUUUGUCCUCAGAUCAGUGAAACAGCAGUUAGCUCAGUUAGCAGAAACUACCGUUAGCUCUAAGCUAACUGGCUAAGCUAACUAGUAGGAUGACUAGGCAGUUUAUUUGUAUUGCCGUUUCAAAUGUAUUAGGAGUAUUAAUACAUAUAGAAAUAACAAGUAAAUAGAGAGCGACAGUAACUGUAUAAUAUGACUGUUAAACAGAUAUACAUUCAUAUUUUAAAAAGCUAUUUUGUGAAGUUAGACACCUCUCUGUGGAAAAUACUAGAAACUGAAAUCAUGUAGGACUUUUUAUUUGUAGUAUCUUCAGUAUUUUUACAUAAGAUUGGGUUUUUUUAAUUUAUUUUUCAGAAAAUACAUUUUACUGCUGACAUUUUGCUUAAAUGAGAUGGGUUUUGGAUCAGACUGACAUACAAAUGCAUGUGUUGUAUAGACAAACUGAUGUUGUUUUUUAAUCAUUAUGCCUUGUGUUCGUGUUUUCAGUGGCUUGUAAUUAUAUUUUGAAUACAUGAGAACUUUUUCAGGAGUUGUACAACUGUUAUUUUUCACAAUUGCUAGAUCUGUUUACAUUUUUUAAAUAAAGUUUCACUCCAACAGUU